UGACACUCACCAACGCCUAGCCACCUUCUCACUUGCAGUUUGGUGCGCGAUCCGAACACACCAAUAAACGGGUACUCUACCAUAUUCUUGAAAAAGUACAGAAACUAGAACAAGAAUCAAAAUGUCUCUCGCUGAUCCAGUUGCCUUUAUGAAGGAUUUCCUCGCUGGAGGAAUCUCGGCCGCCAUUUCCAAAACUUGCGUGGCCCCCAUCGAACGUGUAAAAUUGCUGUUGCAGGUACAACACAUUUCCAAGCAGAUCGCCGAAGACCAGCGUUACAAGGGUAUGGUAGAUUGCUUCGUACGUAUCCCAAAGGAACAAGGUGUUCUCGCAUACUGGCGUGGUAACACGGCCAACGUCAUCCGUUACUUCCCCACACAAGCCCUCAACUUCGCCUUCAAGGACAAAUACAAGCAAGUUUUCUUGAGCGGUGUAGACAAAAAGACACAAUUCUGGCGUUACUUCUUAGGAAACUUGGCAUCUGGUGGUGCUGCCGGAGCUACCUCCCUCUGCUUCGUAUACCCUCUCGACUUCGCUAGAACCAGGUUGGCCGCCGAUGUCGGUAAAGGUGCAGGUGAACGUGAAUUCAGCGGUUUGGGUAACUGCUUGACCAAAAUCUUCAAGGCAGACGGUUUGGGCGGUUUGUACCGUGGUUUCGGUGUAUCUGUACAAGGUAUCAUUAUCUACCGUGCAGCCUUCUUCGGCUUCUACGAUACCGCCAAGGGUAUCUUGCCUGAUCCUAAGAACACUCCUCUUCUCAUUUCAUGGGCUAUUGCACAGACUGUAACCACCAUUGCUGGUAUCAUCUCGUAUCCCUUCGACACAGUCCGUAGGCGUAUGAUGAUGCAGUCUGGACGCAAGAAGACCGAAAUCAUCUACAGGAGCACCGCUCACUGCUGGGCCACCAUCGCCAAAACGGAAGGAGGCGGCGCAUUCUUCAAGGGAGCCUUCUCCAACGUACUCCGUGGUACCGGUGGAGCCAUCGUACUGGUCAUGUAUGACGAAAUCAAGAACUUCAUCGUGUAAAGUUUGUUUAUCAUUAUCGCUAAAGAGGAUCGCGCAUCACCAUCCAACCAACACUAGGGAAUUUUUAGCAAAAUUUCGAUUCGACAUUUCUGCUGGCCGUGCUCGUUCAAACCAUUCCGAGUGGGAGGGGACCGUAGCGGGGACCUGUGUGACGAUCGGUUUUUACCAAAUUGACCCUACGGGUCGGAAAAAGUGAUGAUUUUGAUUUAGUAAUAAUCCGAUUGGACGAACCGAUCGAUCGAUCAGCUCGCCGUCACGGUUCAGCUGUCAUCCCACCCGCCCUUGCUGAGCACGGCCUGGAGGACAGUGUAUAUAGUUGUAUAUUUAUUUAUUUUUCUGAUUACCGCGUAAGUUUCAGUAAGCCCGGGCUGAAUAUAGAAGACUAUAUAAUAUUGUUCUUUUUUGUCAUUGGAAAAUGCGAAUAUUAAUGGUUUCUUUGUCGAGUUCUUUAAUAAUAAAUAGAUUUUAAAUGUAAUUUUUGAGUUGUGCGGAUCGCAAAUAUACUGUUGUUGUUUCUUUUUGGUUAAAUUUUAACUAAAACAUUCUUUACACAUUGUAUCAUCAUGUCAGUGAUGGUUAAAUAAAAAACAAAAACAUCGAA